AUGCUACGUUAUGCUGUAUAUUUAUCACAAUUCGAAUAUAAUAUCGUACACAGAUCUGCCAAACUGCACGAACAUGUCGAUUAUUUGUCCAGAGCACCUAUAGAAUGUUAUCCUGUCAACGUUAUUGAUGAGUGUACGUUUCUUCAAGAUCAGCUCAUCGAUAAUAUCAGUCUAAUAUCAACUGUCGAAAAUGCCAUAUCCAGAGAUCAACUUCAAAACGAAACCAAAAACGAUCCAGAAUUAUCCAAAUUGAUACAAGAAUUACAAAGUGGCUCAAACAAGGACAGUGAAUAUUCGUUGAACGAUGGUAUAAUUUUCUACAAGAAUCGUAUCAUGAUACCAAAAUCGCUCCAAUCAAAAAUUUUAUCAGAAUUACAUGGUGUUCACUCUGGUAUCGUUAAAAUGAAGCAAGUGGCUCGAAAUUACGUUUUUUGGCGUAAUAUCAAUAAUGACAUCGAACAAAUCGUUAAAAGCUGUAAAGAUUGCGCGGACAUUGCUAAAAAUCCGCCUAAAGCGCCUAUCCACCAGUGGGAAAAUGCGACCAGACCUUUUCAACGUAUACACAUCGACUAUGCUGAAUACAAAAACCAGCAUAUCUUCAUAAUAUUUGACGCUAAAACAAAGUGGAUAGAAGCCUACUAUUCUAAAACGUAUCCGAAUAGCAAGAAGACAAUCGAUUUUUUGCGCGAAUUCUUCAGCAGGUUUGGCCUUUGUGAAAAUCUGGUGAGCGAUAACGCUGCUAUUUUCAAAUCAUCCGAGUUUAUGUCAUUUACAAAAGCCAAUGGCAUUCGUCAAAUAUUCAGCGCUCCUAAUCAUCCCGCCACAAAUGGAUUGGCAGAGCGGGGUGUCCAGAUAAUAAAACACAAGCUCAAGAAAAUGUCUAAUAUCAAUGUACCUGUGAAGGAGAAACUAGUCUCUAUUCUAUCGAAUUAUCGAUAUGCUCCGAUCAACGGACAAGAAUCUCCUGCCGAAUUGGUUCUUGGAUACAAACCGAUCACCUGGUUUGAAACCUUGAAGCCCAGAGUCGCGCCUAAGGUAUCCUCGAAACCAAUCUUAAAAAUUCGAGAAUUUAACGUGGGUGAAAGAGUACAGAGUCGAAAUUAUUACGGUUCUGCUCAAUGGCAAUAUGGCACCAUCAUCCAGCGUAUAGGAAAAUUACACUAUAUUGUUAAAUUAGACAAUAAUCGAGAAAUCAAAAGGCAUAUCGAUCAGCUACGAAAAACGAGCGUAAAGAAAGUUGCGUUUGAAGAUACGAUUCCUAUUGUGGGUAGAUCUACUCAUCGGCAGCCAGAACAAACAUCCGAUACUGCUGCAGAGAAUCCAGCUGCUACCCAGAUACAACCUGAGUCAGCAACUGCUGAACAUCCAACUCGACCUACUGUGGUUGUACCUCGACAAUCAACUAGGCAACAUAGGCCUAACGUGCGUAGUGAUUACGUAUAUUACUAA